AUGGAGACCAGAUCAAGUAAAGAGAAAAGCUCGGCGCCAGAACGAGAGAGCAACAUCGCUCACCCCAUCUUCACGCCGAUGCCGCCCCAUGAGAUCACGUCGACCUCCCAUGCUGCUUUGGUCAAGUGGCGCAAGGAACGGAAGAUCUUCGAAGACAUCAUGAGAGCCCGCUGCCUAACAUCUGGAGAGGACGACAACACCGUGACAAGGUCGGUGAAAAAUUCGUUCGACCGGAAGCUGUUGGAAAUAUGGCGUCGCCUUCGUUGGCAAAUUGCAGUUGAAGACAUCGAUGAUGCUUGA